ACCGCUGCUUUCGUCUCCAGCAACAUGGGAGGUGGAGCCGACAAGAGGGCUACGGGGAAUUCCUUCCUCCGAGCGACCACCACCUGCUCGCCGGAAGCAGCGAAAGAGGUCGACUUCGUCUACGGCCUCCAUCCCAGUAGCGCGACCGGCGGCUGUGUUGUCCAGAGGUCGUUCGAGGACGAUCUCCGCGCUGAUCCCGGCGUCGCUUCGGUAAACGUGCACGUUGCCUCGGACGCGGCGUCCGCGAAAAGCGUGUUCGACCUGCUAAGGCGGCAAGGAGGGGUGGAGGAGGAGAGGGGUGACGGGCCGCCCUCGCGAGCCCUUAUCAUCGACGGCAUUGCUCUCCUGUUCUUGCGGGAUCGGCUGCACGAGCUGGUGGCGGGCCGUGGCGGGCCGUGGAGUAUUGUGGCCGGGUUUAUCCACUGCCCUUUCAGGUGA